UCUUCAAAGCUCUGUUAUUUAAAUUCAAUUUAUGAGAAAAUACUAGGAACCACGCGAUCAUUUUUUUCACGGGUUUCGCGCGUUUUAUCUGUUGUUGUGUUCUUAUGUUUUCUCGAGAAAGCAUGUUUAAGAGAUAUUUUGCUGUCGUGUUGACUUCUCAUCCAGUAACUUUUUAUUAUUUCGAGAAGCAUAUAAAGUCAGGAUAUUUUAGUAUGUUAUAAAUUUGGUGUUUUGCAAACAGUGUUUGUGUGGUAAUGUUUUAACCUAGACAGAGACUUGGUGAUUACUCCCUGAUGGAUGCUAGUUCUUGGAAAUAUUAGAUCAGAAAAUGUUAGGAUUACGGUGGAAAAAUAAACAACAUUAUGGAGACACCGGUGUUGACGUAACAACAGACGCCAGAGUACUAUUCGACGCCGUGCGUCAUGGCAAAAAUCACCUCGUGCGGUUCGAGGAGGGUGCUCGAGAUAAUACAGUGAGAUUACUAUUACGUCAUGGAGCUGACGUUAACGCAACGGAUGACUGUGGACGAACGGCGCUCAGUUACGUCUGCGAAAGACGCUGUAAUGAUAUUCUGAGAAUUCUAAUCAAAGAGCAUAACGUCGAUCCGGACAUAACUGAUACAAAUGGAAACACGCCUCUGAUUUAUAGCGCAAUGGUUGGAAACGACAUCGCAUGUGAUAUUCUCAUACGUCAUUUCCGGCGCCUUGGUCUAAAUAUAGAAGCAAUAAAUGAUGAAGGUUUCACGGCUCUACUUAUGGCUGCAAAGCAUGGAAAUAUUACAUGUGCACAGAUUCUUGUAGGUCAAGGCAAAGCGAGUACCCAACAUCGAGAUAAAAAGUAUGGUUUAUCUGUAGAAGAGUGGCUUGCAAAGAAAGGCUUCACUUUGCAAGAUAUAAAACCAGUUCGACAAGAUGGGAAGGGUAGAUCAAGAUUUGUUAAGCUUGCAAAUAUCGCUGCUAUCUGCUCGGCUCCAAAGAAACAUGCUCAGGCAGCACCACCGUACGGAGAGAUUGACUAUCAUUUGAAUCGCUUCCAGCUUGGAAAAAUUGAUGACGAUGAUGAUUUUUCUGAUGCGACUACAGGGACAGAUUUCUCCGCUGAGUCCAUUUCAAGAUAUCUCAACAGAUAUAACGAACGCUAUAAUGACCUUGAACUUGACUUUGCCCAAAAACAUUAUAAGAUUUAUCCAUAUCGUGAAAACAGUCGACCAAAACUUAAAACAUCGUCAACACAGACACAAUGCGAUGAAGGAGAUGAUGACGACAAUGAGAAUGCUGUGAUUCAGAACGAUGAUGGUGACGAUAGAGCUACUCUUGUUACUGUAGCAGAAACCGCAAAAAGUGACGUUGGUACAGAAAUUACAGUUUUACAUCACGAUUCACGAUAUCACCUUGAUAGGUCAAAAGUAAAGAAUUCAAACAAGACGAAAUCCGCCGAAGGAAAAUCAAAAGCUCGAUCAAUGGAGAAGAUUCAAGAAUUGGGCAAAGACGGAAAGCGAUUAUCUCUGCCUGAAAUUGAACAUACGCCUAUGGUUUCCCGCUCAGAGGGUGGAAAUGGUGAAAGGAAACGAUCAUUAGAUGUUCUCCCUGAAAAACUAAUUGCAAGCAUCGAACUAGGUGACGGCAGACGGCAGUCGAUACAGCUUCAUACAGACACUAUCAAUAACAAAGUGUAUUGGUCCCCGGUGGCUGAUGAUAAAUCUGACGACGGCUCGGAAAGGAAUCUGACGCCAUUAAAGUUUGAACGCGGUUCUGUUUCGGACAGUGAAACUUCCAUGACCGAGGAUGGUCCUAUUUUUCAAUAGUUACAAGUGAGCCGUAUUGGGACUGCGUUGCAAACAAAAGUGCCAAUGAAGAGUGUAGCAUGAUAUUUGACAGUUCUUUCUUAUAAUGUUUUAUCUUAUAUUUAUGAUGUUGGUUAUGAUAUGAUGAAAAAUAAUGUGCUAUAAUCAAAUCAUGCUUUUGUAAGACGUGAUUUUCAAUGUCAAGAAACGUUUGAUUGUUUUACAUCAUUUGUUAUAUAAUUUCAUAAUAUUAUAUUUGAAACAUCACGAGUAAUUGCUACUUUAUUAAAACUGCGUAAGUACACAAUUUUUAUUUUAAGUGCGCAGUUUUUAUUUUUAACUAUGGUUAGUACUUUAAAAAUUAUGUAGUAAUAAAUUGUUUAAGUAAGAUACAUGUUAAUGCCAUACCGACAUGACCUGAUAAAUAAUCUUUUCAUACUUAUUUUGUUUCUGAAACUUUAACAGUUUUAUUGUCGGAUAUUAUGAGUAUGGUAUUUGCCAUCAAAUCCUUGAUAACUUUCAAAUAUUUAAUUUAUUACAUGUUGAGUAUUACGUUAUCUCAAAAGUUUUUAUCCUUGUUAAAUAUUAUUAUUAUUUCACAUUCACAGUUCUAUAUAACACUUGGUUACAGUGCAAUGGUUGCUAUUUCCUUACAUUUAAAUAAAAUUAUUUCAUUUACUAACAUUGCAUAUCUUUCAUUGAUGACUUAAUUUAACAAGAAGAUUCGUUGAUUGUCGUCAGUUUUGCGACAGUUUGGAACAGUGCAGCUGAAAAAACACGAUAAUCUCCCUCUGAUAACAAGGAGAAAAGCCUAAUAUUCUAAUAUUCAACCUAAUCUCCUGGUUGGUCACAUGUUGGUUAUUAUCAAAUGUUAUCCUAAGCCUUUAUGCGGCAGAUGAUUCUAUAAAUGCAACAAAUGCAGAUCAAGAUCAGGCGAAACAUCCAUGCCGAAUGGUCAUGCAAUAUUCAUCUUUGAUUGAUUAAUUUUAUGACAAUUGUUUUGCCAUGCAACAUGCAUGUGAACUGUACUCGUUACGACUGAUUAUUGCUCGGAUUUUAAUCAAAUAUUACAAUAUAACCCAUUUUAUUUGUUAUUGUAAUCGGUACGCAUACAGUUGUCAAAUAAUUUAUUGUAUGAAUUAGUUUCAUCAACAAUUGAGCGUGUUCUAAGAACUAAACCAUCGAAUUAGUUUUGACUUAAUAAUUUUACUUUUAAGCAAAAAUAAGGAAAGUAAUGCACCUACACAAAAUAACAGAAAGGAGAUUUGAAAGUGAAAACAAUUCAUCAAUAUAUUUGUGUCCUAGACUGUUAAAAGUUAAUGAAGAAUGUUUUUGUAAUUCUUGCACGGCAUCAAUUGGUUUCAACAAAACUGCAGCUGUUUAAGAUUGCUUCACAUGGUUUUUAUAGUCUUGACUAAUCAAUGAUUUUGUCAAAGUAAUACUAUUCCAUCGUACUAGUAAUUGCUAAUGAAUAAUGGGUUGUGUUUUUCACAGAUAAUUUUUUUUCUCCCUGUUUGUUCAUUGUUAAAUAAAACAAUUUAUUCAUUAUACAUUUCUUUAAACGAACGUUGUAACAGUUAUAUUUUUAUUACUUUAUAUAAAUAUAAACUAAUUGCCAUUUUCAAUCAGUGUUAUGUAACUUUAACUUUUUAAAUGUCACGUAUUAGCCAUACACAAUUUUCCUGUAAGUCGAUGACAUCUUUUGGUUGUAAAUCAGUUUGGAGUGGAACUUUAUAAGAUUUGAUAUAUUUUGUUCUAAUCCAUUUCCACAGCGAAACUGUAUAUCACGUAUUGUAUGUUCUGGAAUAACUGUAUGUUCUGUUUAAACUAAAAACAAUUUAUAUAAUUUCGUUUCGCAUAGAUUGUUAAAACUGUUGUUCAAAUUUGAAAGGUUUUACGAGUAGUACAUUAAUAAAGAUGUAUGAAAAAUUUGUUGGCUAAUAGAAA